CAGAAGGCCACAUACGUGUGAUCAUCUCCAUCGCAUGAAACCAGCAAGCUAUUUCUUAAGUUCAGAAAAAACAUCCAGAAGAAGCAUUUCAUUCUCAUCAUGACCUCUGUUACUGCACCAACUGAUUCCCGACUCUCCCAAUUCGAGGUUUAUCUGAAAGGCGAGCCAAAAGCUCUGGGGAUUGUGCAGAUCGUGAUCGGAAUCAUGAUUCUCUUGUUUGGAUUUGUUUUAAUUGGAGUUACUAUUUCACCAACAAUUGUCAGUGGUAUUGCUCUGUGGGGACCAAUAAUCUAUAUAAGUUCUGGUUCUCUGUCAGUUGCUGCAGCAAACCACAAGAAUCCCUGUGCGAUGAAGGCAUCAUUGGUAAUGAAUGUGAUCAGCGCCGUGGCUGCAGGACUCACCCUCAUUCUCUUCGCAGUGGACAUGCUGGUGUUUGAUGACGUGUUAAUGCGAUGGUGUUACAAUUACAAUUACUACAGAUGUUAUUCUUCUAUGCUCAUCAUGUGGCAUGGAAUCUAUGGAGUUCUGUUUGUUUUCACGUUGCUUCUGUUCAUCAUUUCCAUUUGCACUUCUGUGUUCGCCUGUAAAGCCUCCUGCUGCUUUUCACCUACACCGGUGUAUUUACAGCCCCUGAAUCUACAGCCAGUAAAUCUACAGCUGGUGAAUCAACAGCCAAUGUAUUCACAGGCAAUGACUCAACAGCUGAUGUAUUCACAUGCAAUGAAUCCACAACCACUUAAUCAACAGCUAAUGAAUCCAUCAUCUCUGAGUCCACCACCAAUGUACAACUCUGAGUUCUACAAUCCAGAGGUUCCACAGAAAUCACCUGCAGCAGAAUUUUAAACCGUAGUUCAGCUAUUUCCUAAAAUCAUGGCGUACCCCUGCUUCCUGUAAUGUACAGCUUCAUGUUUCUCUACCAAAUGUCUUGACCUCUGUAUGAAUUUGUUGCAUCAUGAGGAAAUCAUCAUCUUGCAGAUGUUCUACUCUGUUAUCUUCUCUGAUCAUUCUUUGGCAAACCAUUACGUUAAAAAUAAAUAAAUA